CUCCUCACCACUCAUCCUCAUCACUCUCACCUCGCAAAUUAAUACCCCUUCUACUAGCUAGCUUCUUUAUUUUCCGCCAGCCAUGACUAAGGACGUCGAGGCGGUGCCGGAGCAGCCGGCGGAUUUCUCCGCCAAGGACUACCACGAUCCGCCCCCCUCUCCCUUGAUCGACUUCGACGAGCUCACCAAGUGGUCUUUCUACCGCGCUAUCAUCGCCGAGUUCAUCGCCACUCUUCUCUUCCUCUACGUCACCGUCUUAACCGUCAUUGGCUACAAGCACCAGACCGACCCCAAAGCCGGCGGCCAGGACUGCGGCGGCGUCGGUAUCCUCGGCAUCGCCUGGGCCUUCGGCGGCAUGAUCUUCAUCCUCGUUUACUGCACCGCCGGUAUUUCCGGAGGGCACAUAAACCCGGCCGUGACUUUUGGGCUGUUUUUGGCGAGAAAGGUGUCGUUGCCCAGGGCUGUGUUGUACAUGAUAGCGCAGUGUUUGGGUGCGAUCUCUGGUGUAGGGUUGGUGAAGGCUUUCCAGAAGUCAUACUACAACCGGUACGGCGGAGGGGCUAAUUCCAUGGCAGCUGGUUACAACAAGGGUACCGGUUUGGGUGCAGAGAUAAUCGGUACCUUUGUCUUGGUCUACACCGUCUUCUCAGCCACCGAUCCCAAGAGAAACGCAAGAGACUCUCAUGUCCCUGUGUUGGCCCCACUUCCCAUUGGAUUUGCGGUGUUCAUGGUCCACCUUGCCACUAUCCCCAUCACCGGAACCGGCAUAAACCCGGCGAGGAGUUUCGGAGCGGCGGUGAUUUAUAACGACGACAAGGCCUGGGAUGAGCACUGGAUCUUCUGGGUGGGUCCCUUCGUCGGAGCUCUGGCCGCCGCAGUCUACCACCAGUACAUCCUAAGAGGCUCCGCCAUCAAGGCUCUCGGAUCCUUCCGGAGCAACGCCUAAUAAUUAUUUGUCUAUCUGCGUUUUCAAACUGUAGAUAAACCAAGAAGCUAAGAACAAAAACGUAUCCCGUUUGGGGAUAUUAUUCUGUCCCGCUUGCACUCAUUUUCCAUUUCCAUCACUUGAAUUCCGUGUUUGGUUUGGCUGUAUCUAUGUGUUUGGUUCGCUUU